CUGCGCUCGAAGUCUCGAACACGAUAAGCUCCUACAGCCAGUGGUUGGUUAAUUGGUUUCAUGCGCGGCUGAAGGCAAGCUGUAGCAGCCGAGAAGCAGGCAGGCGAUGGAAUGAGGCUCACCGCAGCCAAGCCUGCAGCCAUCACCCUCGCCGAGCGCCAGCCGAUCCCCAUCCCCACAUGCAGCUGCAGCUGCACGGUGGCCAAGAAGAGCCGUAGCGACCGGCUGGCAUGGAGGGUCGCAGUGGCAAGCGGCGACGCCGACGCCGAGGCUGACGGUGCCGAGGCGAGCGCUGGCGCGGGCCAGGCACCGACGGCGCGAGCGGGGCGGCGGGCCCGGCUGUCGGCGAGGCGGCGGGAGCGCGUCCCGCUGCCCGACGGCGUCUCCGGCGUCAGUGUCGGCGAGUUCCUGCGCCACCCGGACGCCGUGGAGUCCCUCCUCAACACCGGCGCGCUCGAGAGCUUCGCGCCCGCGGGCACCGGGCCCGGCACGUUCACCUGCGGGCUUCGCCGCAUCGGGCUCCUCGGAUUCGAGGUCGCCCCGGUGCUCGACCUGCGCGUCGCCCCGACCAGCACCGACUGCACCAUCGAGAUGCUGUCGUGCAGGUUUGAGGGUUCAGAAGCACUUGAGCAGCAGAAUGAACUCUUUUCAGCAUUUAUGAGUAACCAUAUAACGUGGAGCGAGGAUGCCGAGGAGCCCUGCCUAGACAUCGAUGUCACCUUGGAGGUCACUCUGGAGGUCUACACUAAGCCAUUCAGCAUGCUUCCACUGUCAGCAGUGGAGAAACCGGGCAACCUUUUGAUGCAAGGCCUGCUGGACAGGCUUGUUCCCAUGCUGGGAGAGCAGUUGCUGAGGGACUACCAUUCCUGGGUUCAGCUUCAGCAGCAGCAACAUGAAGCGUCUUGAUGAGAUUGAGGCAGACGACCGGCCAUCCUUCAGAGAUCUGGGGAUCCAUGUUAGGGAUGGUUCAUUGCAAAAUUGGUUGCUCAUGUAUACAGUACAACUGUCGAAUGAUUUAGCAAAUUCAGAUAUAAAAGAAUUCGUGAAUCAAAAUGCUUGAUUUUGGUGCACCAACUGGCCAUCAGUAAAUAAAAAUUCUGCUGUUUUUGCUUCACCAAUGUAUCCUAUACUUCAUCCAGUAAAUAAAAAUUCUGCUAGCGUUACUUCA